UUAUACAUAUUUAUAAUAUAAAUAUAUAUUUGCAGAAUUAAUAAUAUAUAUAUUACACAUAGAGGAUCUGUUAAGUGGUAGAAGCCCCGGUGUCUGCCUUCCCCCCACCGAAUCCCCGCAGCCUGUCGCCCACAGUCCCGCGGACUGAGGGUAGACUAUCGGGUAAAAGGACCUAUCAUACAUGGCCAUGUCUUCAUGUAUUCUUUAUCAGCUUCCCAAUACUUACUUUUAUUCUUGCUCUCAUCUAACAAUUGCCAGCAAAAAACACGAGACUUUUAUGGAGCAAAUCCGAGCAGUCCACUUUAUGUUUUAUGACACUCAGAAUACACUUUGCACUGCCAUAUUCCUUAUAUUAAUAAUAAUAAUAAUAUGUGGAGACAUCUCACACACGGCCAUCCGACUCCACGCUAGGCAGAGCCUGUGUUAUGGGUAUCGGACAGCUGAUAUAUCUACACAAAUACAUAGAUAGAUAGAAAUUAAAUAUAAAGAUCAACAUUACACCCAAGACCCGAGUGCAAAUAUCUUUAAACAAAUAUCUAUUAUAUUCCUUCUGAGCUUCAGCGAAUCAUACCAUACCCUAAGUAACCUAAAUAAUUCAUUGAUAAUUAAUUACUAAUAAGUAGCAACACGAGUAAAAUAUAUAAGUUAUGAAAUAAUUAUGAAUAGUCGCUUAAUGAGGCAUUAAAACAGUAUUUAAAUGAAAGUAAAUAUCGGUGCUAAACAACUAAUUAUAAAAUGUGAAGGUUCACCACGCACGGUAUUUUCCAUGUCCAUGUCGGUGUUCUAUUUAAAAAGUAUAGUCGGAGUGGUGUGGUUAUCAGAUCUUUUAUUUUAAAUAGAAAAAUACCAAUCAUGAAAUCAUUUGCGGCUUCUGUGGCUGCGUAUUUUACAGAUCCCAAAUACCCUUCCAUGGGACUAGCCAUCGUAUUUUUGAAAACUGUUGGGCUAUGGAAGCUGAGGAGAGUUCAUUACAUCAUACCAUUUUGCCUAUUCAUUACUUGCAUGAGCCAGAUUUUGUACAUGCUUUUUUCCCCUCGAAUCGUUCAUUUUUUCGUUAACUUGUUUCAAACGGGAUUUUUCCACCUGGGGCUCAUAAAGAUGGCACUUUAUUUUUAUAAUUUGCCAAAGUGGAUGGAAACUUUCAACUGGCUAUCGGAAAUGGAGCUUCAGCAACAGGAAGAGGAAUAUUUGAAGCCCAUCGUGGACAGAUUUACCAAGUACGGAAACUCUGUCACGUGGGCCUGGCUCAUUGCUAGCUACGGAACAUGGGUUUUUAAUUACGGGGAAAACUUAUUGAUGGUCAUUGUGCAAAUUGAAACAUUGCACGAAAUAGAUCCGACCUACAUUACUUUUUAUUUGCUCUGGCCUACAGAACCUGCCACAGGGAGGUGGAAUGUUUACCCAUACAUAGUAGUGCAGUUUCUGUAUUCGUUUUUCACCGUAACAUAUUUAAAUGUCUUUGAUGUCCUGUGUGUAUCGACAAUGAUAGCCAUGGCCGGACAGAUAGAAGUAUUAAGCGAGAUGUUUCGACGAGCGCUGGACACGGAUAGUGAAGAGGAGCAGUAUCGUAAUUUAAUUACCUGUUACAAACGCUACGCCGACAUACUUUUUACUCAAAAAAAACUAAACAGUGUUAUGUCGCCAGUUCUGUUUAUGUACUUGCUGAUUGCCUCUAUAAAUAUGAGCCUCAUACUGUUUAGUUUGGCAAACCUCCAAAAAUCCUCCAAAAUUGCAUCCCAAGUGCUUGUCAUAGCACUAAUGGUUGAAGCUUUUUAUUACUAUUGGCACGGACAUCAAGUUCUGUAUCAGAGUGAGAGUAUAAGCGCGGCGGUGUAUGACUCUGACUGGGUGGAUAAGAGUCCUGAAAUUCGCCGACUUGUCUACAUCAUGUCCUCCACGGUCAACAGGAAACUUGUUUAUAACGCUGGCCCUUUUAAUGAAGUGACUGUUGUUACUUUUAUCCAGAUCGUGAAAGUCACUAUAAGCUUCUACAAAUUGAUGUGUACGACAACCUUGUCGGAUUCCGGCUCAUAAUUUUAUUCAAGUUUGUAAAAUGUGCAUGUCAAUAAGCUAGUAGGUAAGCCCGCAACACACAUGAGACUAUGAGUCCAUGAAGUAUUGUUUGUGUUUGUUGAUAUGACUUUUUUAAUUAAUGAACGCACAGAAAUUACUAUUUAAUUCCAGAUAUAUUGUUGUACACCCGGCCGGAAAUGUAACCCGGGCAAAACUUCGGAAAAGCAGUCAGGGUCACUAAACACUAUACGAUUUCGUCGUCAAAAUUAUGCACGGAAAUUAUACAAAUGAAACUAAGAGUUAAGUGCGGCGUGGACUUUUAAUAGAGCUACGAUUUCGAGAACUUAUUCGAUUUUACUUGUAAAAAUAAAUAAAUUUCACCAUAGCACUAAAUUGAUAUUGUUUUUUUUUUAUUUAUAUUAUUAAUCGUAAGGUCAUUGCUGCUCAUAUUGUUAAAUAAAGUUUUUAAUAUUUCUCCAUCUUGUCGACCUUACACGAUGUAACCGAAGAAUAUUUAACUGUUUAUUAUUUAGUAACUAGCUAAUGCCCGCGAGCUUCGCUUCACCUUCAGAGGAUUUCCCGUAAAAGGCUCCCCUCUCGUCCUCCUCAAACAUAUCCCCUCCUCUCCCCUUCCGUUCCCUUCCCAACCCCUCCCUUCCCUUCUCCCCCUAACUUUCUCUUAAUUGAGUCUUUCACGUUAGGUUACUUAAUUGAGUCUUUCUCGUACUACUAAUUUAAUAAAAACAUUAUUAAAUAAUAAAGUUCAAAUUUACACUUCUAGUUAAAAAAAAAGGUUAAAUAGGAAAAAAAUA